UCCGCAGUCGACUCCGAGUGCUUCUCGUACCGACACGCAGACCGACUGCAGCAUGGGCCCCUGGCUGGAGACAAUAUCACAGCCACUUUUGGGGGACCCGCCUGCCCAUAGGGAUGAGGCUUCAAGGACAUAGGCUCAAGCCCAACAGACAGCUACCGCAGAAAACGGAAAGACUUGGGCGGGCAGGCGAUUGGACGCGGUGCCAGAAGCGGAAGCCGGAAACUGUUCGGUGGCGCCCGGGAUGACUGAAGCGGCGGCCGUUGCGGCCGAGUCCCUUGCGGGUAGCAAGGCGCGGGCGGCGCGCACCGUGCUAGGUCAGGUGGUGCUCCCGGGUGAGGAGCUGCUGCUGCCGGAGCAGGAGGAUGUCGAAGGCCCGGGAAAUGCAGGGGAGCGACCGCUGCGCCUAAAUGCCGGCGUGCGCUCCCGGGUGCGCGUUGUGUGUGGUCCGGGCUUGCGGCGCUGUGGCGACCGCCUGCUGGUCACCAAGUGCGGCCGCCUCCGUCACAAGGAGGCCAGCGGCGGCAGCGGCGGCGGCGGCGGCGGCGUUUACUGGGUGGACUCGCAGCAGAAACGGUACGUCCCAGUGAAAGGAGACCACGUGAUUGGCAUAGUGACAGCUAAAUCUGGAGAUAUAUUCAAAGUGGAUGUCGGAGGGAGUGAGCCAGCUUCUUUGUCUUACUUGGCAUUUGAAGGUGCAACUAAAAGAAACAGACCAAAUGUACAGGUUGGAGAUCUCAUUUAUGGACAAUUCGUGGUCGCUAAUAAAGAUAUGGAACCAGAGAUGGUGUGCAUUGACAGUUGUGGACGAGCCAACGGAAUGGGUGUGAUUGGACAGGACGGCCUGCUUUUUAAAGUGACUUUGGGCUUAAUUAGAAAGUUCUGUGCUCCCAGACCCACGCCAGGCAAGUGAAAUGGCCCUUCCACAAGACAGCCACUCGGAUUCUUGAAGGCAGGGGCCAUGCCGCUGUGACGCCUCGUGUCUCCACACUCAGUUCUGCCAACUGUUCUUUGUGACUUAAGGUUUGACUCUCCAUCAUUGGGGUCAGCCUCUCCUGCACUUGUACGAGCUUGUCGAUGCCCUUUCGGUGACUGUCUUUGGAAUGCUGACGGGCCGCCCUCAGUGUGGUCAAACCCACGGUGCCAGCGUGACACAGGCCUGCACUUUCUGUGUUCCGACCCUGGACUACCUGCCUCUGAGACUCACAUGGAACACAAGUCCGUGCUCCUCCCAUACAUGAGCUAGGAUUGCUUUAAAAAGUUUAUUCCUUUAUAACCACUUGAACUAGAGUAUACAAUUCAAAGUUAGAAGACUUGGAUGCUGCCCUGGAGGAGAUUACAGUUUGGGGUUUGUUUUCUGAACAUUUAAAGAUAAAGUGACUCCUCCUGAGGAAAUGUUUUCCUUAGCAUUUUUCAGUGAAUAAGCCAAACUCUAUUUAGCAACCACUGACAAAUCCACUGACAAAUCCCUGUGCCAGUUAUUUUUCAGUUUAAAUGUCGGUGGAGAGGUAGGAUAGGGUAAGGUGUCGAAACUGCGCACCUACAGGUCGUCCUCACUGACCCUCCAGACUUCACAGCCUGAGAGGGGCUGUGGCUCUGCUGUGGGAGACGGCACUUAGCUAUUAUGUCUUUUCAAUCUCUCUUAAUUUGAAACAGCACCCCCCGAUGAUUUUAGUUUUUAUUACAUUGAUUAUCACUAUGAAGUCACGAAACACUGACCUUUUUAGAAUGCAAUUUGGUUAAAUAUCAUUUGUGUUAAAUGUGUAUCUCAUACAUAUAUGAAAAAAUGUGUAAAAUAUUCUCACACACAUGAAAAACAUACAUAUAGAAUAUACCCCCCAACAGAUCAUAGGCUGUAUCAAGAGGGACUCACAAGAAAAGAGUGGUUUUCUCAAGCGGGGGACAAGGACCGGAAUGAGAUUUAUUUCUCACUGUAUUCCUUUUUUAUACAUUUUAACUAUUACUUCGUUCUUUAUUAUCUAUGCUAUGUUAAUUAGUAAAUAUAAACAUUAUCAUAAAGUAUUUCUAUAAUGGAAACAUAUUGAAAAAGUCCAGUUAAUUCCAAUAAAAUUCCAAUUCAACAAAAGGAA